ACUCAGCUGCUGAGAGUUGUUUUUUUUUUUAAUCAGUGUUGGAUUUUGUUAAAUGCUUUCUUUUUCUGCAUCUAUUGAUCUGAUCAUGUAAUUUUUCCUCUUUAGUCUGUUAAUGUGGUGGAUCAUUUUUUUAAAAAAAUUUAGUUGUAAAUGGACACAAUACCUUUAUUUUAUUUAUUUAUGUGGUGCUGAGGAUAGAACCCAGUGCCCCACACAUAUGAGGUAAGUUCUCUCCCACUGAGCCACAACCUUAGCCCUCAUCAAUUCGUUUUUGAAUGUUGAAACAGCCUUGAAUGUCUGGAAUGAAUCCCACUGGGUUAUGCUUUAUAAUUCUCUUUAAGUUGUUGGAUUCUGCUUGAUUAUAUUUUGUUGAGGACUUUGCAUGUAUUCAUGAGUGAUGGUGGUCCAGUUUUCAUGUAAUGUCUUUGACUAGUAUGGGGUAAUACUGGUCUCAUAGAAUAAGUUAGAAAGGAUCCUCAGAACUUCUAUCUUCUGGAAGAGAUUGGAGAAAAUUGGUAUAAUUAUUUCCUUAGUCUGUUUCAAAGAAUUCACCAGUGGAACCCAUUUUAGUAAUGUAGCUGGGUUUUUUGUUUGUUUGUGUUUGGUACCAGGGAUUAAACCCAGGGGCACUUAACCACUGAGCCAUAUCCCCAACCUGCUUUUUAUUUUGAGACAGGGUCUCAGUAGUUGCUCAGGGCCUCUCUAAAUUGCUGAGGCUGACUUUGAAUUUUUAAUCCUCCUGCCUCAGCCUCCGAGCUGCUGGGAUUACGCAACACUGCUUCUUGCUUAGCUGGGUUUUUUAAAUUUUUUUUUAAGUUCUCAUCUCACUCUGAGGUAUUUUACUAAUUUAUUUGCUUGCUAGGAGCAAUGGCGCAUACCAGUAAUCUCAGCGAUUAGGGAGGCUGAGGCAGGGGAUUCACAAGUUUGAGGGGAAGUUUAGCAAGACACUGUCUCAAAGUUAAAAAAAAAAUGUUUAAAGGAUCUUGGGAUGUGGCUUACAGGUAGAGUGCCCCUGGGCUCAAUCACCAUUACCAUAAAAAACAAACAACAAAAAAUACAUAUUUAUUUGCUUUGUGGGAAAGCAAUAUUGCAUUGAUUUACAAAGAAGAAAUUAUCUAAACUCUGUUCAGGAGGGUUGAGACCAAAAAAUUAACUGUAAUACUCAGUUUCAACUCUGCAGGAACUUUUUUUGCUGCUGGAGUGAAUGUGAGAGUUUAUGAUCUGUUAUAUGGAGUCCUAUGAACUGAGAGCAGGUGAAUGUGGUCAGCCCAAGGAAACCAUGGAUUCAUUUGAGAAAGAGAUAAUCAGAAGAAAUGAAUUUUAAUGUCUGGAACAUCAAAGAGAUGCUCAGUAUUCCUUCAGGCCCAGGGGCCACUAAGUCAUCUAACUGGAAUAAUAAUCAGACUGAUUAUACUGCUCUCAGUGAUUCUCAGUUCCUCUUUGGAUCUCAGUUUUGUCCAGAAAAUUCAGAGACCCUGUCAGCACCCUUGGAUUUCAGUGCCCACUUGAGACAUUCAAAACAGUCACAACAGAAUUCUCUGGAUAGUGAACCUAGUAUUUUCACAAAGUACCAGACAAAACCCCAGCUCUUUGCAGGAGAUACAAAAGAUAUAGGCCUAUUUUCUCUUCCUUUGCCAGUUGGAAAGUCAAAAGGUCUUUUGACACAGUUUGAGGAGAAAAACAAAAGGACAAAAGAUCAAUGUGACAGUGAGACUCUAUACAACUUUGUUUCCCAGGUCAGAGAAAGCAUUCAUAGGUUGCAGACGUCUGUGGAAAAGUCUGAGGAACAUCUCAGUUCAAGAAGCCAAUCUAUUUUGGAUUCUUUGGAGAAUGUGGCUAAGACAUUGCAAGAUACUGCACGGUCCCAGAGUGACCUGAUAUUUGAGGCAGUGCAAGAGAAAAGCAAUGUGGAGCAAGCUAUUCUUGAGAUACAGAAGAAAUUUGAAACUAGACAAGCAGAGUUUAUAGAAAUGAAAUCCAACCUGGAGAACCUGGAAGUUUUAGUUGCCCAGCAGAGUAAAGACUUCCAGCAACUGUGUGAACAGCUACACAAGCUGAAUGUGCCCAGUGUCCUAGCAGAACUGAAGAGAUUGAUCUUGGUGCCUCAGAUACCUGAGCAUGUGAAAGACAACACUUCUCAGACUUCACCAAGUCUGACCCAGAGCCUCAAUUUCACCAGGCAGGAAAAAUAUGCCUCUGAGGAGCUGGUUAUGUGGCAGUCCCAGGCUCACACUGCUGCAGGAAACCCAAGUACAGGCUCCCUAGUGACUAGGGAAUUUGGUAUCAUGGGUAAGGGAGCAAAGGGUGAUGCUCUCCAGAAAGAGGUUGCACUGCCAGCCCUUUGGCCUUGUAAAGGAAAUGAGCAUGUAAAGGACAAGUCAGUACAGACUAAUUGCAAAAAUUGGGCAAUUACUAAAGCAGAUUCCAAGAACCAUGGCUCCAGAAUCCCAGGCCAUAAAGUUCUUGGUGACAGUGACCUGCUUUACCAAGGAACUUCACAGCUCAUAUCCCUGGAUUUACACAACUUUGCAAUGAGCAUUAAGAAUCUCUGCCCAGAAUAUCAAGCAAAAAGCAUAUUCUCUUGUGUCCCUAGUGAACAGUUGGAAACUGAACAGAAAGGCAGGACUGUAGAAAGAGGGAGGAAAUGCAAAAGGCAGCCGACCAGGAAAACCCAGAGAGGCAGGUUUGCAAGGAAGAGAGAACAAACCCCAAGUAAGACCUGUAUUUUCAAUUAUAAAUAUCAGAAUCCCCAGUCUCCAGUUUCUGAUGAACGAAUUCCCCCUACGGAGCAGCAGGAACCCCUUGCUCAGCCUCUGCAUCUGCGGGGUCCCAGAAGCUCCACAAAAUCAGUCUGCCAUGUUCUGGGAGGAACUGUCAAGUCCAGUAAAAUAGCACCAGCAGUGCAAGGGAGCCUCUCAAAGUUUCCUGAAUGUUCUUCCCAAAACAAAGAUCUGCAUUCCAGUAGCUCCCAGGGGGACCACCAAAUGCGCUGGUUCAGUGACCUCAACCUUGGAAAUUCAGAGUCUCCUCCAUGCAAGGAGACAGGGAAGAAUUUGCUCUAUGACCUGGGUUUUGAUAGCAGUGAUGAUGACUUCUGACCAUCCAACAGUGACUUCAGUUGGUUUAUUGAGCUCAGGUAGAAAGACAAAUUAGAGAAUUCUUGACUGGUUGAUAGGGUGAGAGGCCUUGCUAGGAAGGGCUCAGUGGGAGGCAGGGGUAGGAUCAACUCUCUGGGUAUCAGAUGUUGCCUAUGACAAGGGCAUAACAGACAAAUGCAUCCUUAAUUAUUGGAAAGAAAUUUGGAGACAGUGAUCUCCAGUGGUGAUAAAUAUGAAAUAACGGCCUGGUGGUGGGGGCAUUGGGAGAGAAGGUACUUGGUGAAAGUGGGGAGAGCUUCCUUGAAUAUUGUGUAGCAGAGGGGCUCUCAUGAAACUGGUACUGUGGCAACAUGACUCCCAAACAUCAUAUUUAUCAUCUUCAAAAUAUUUCCUGCACAUGAUCAGUACCUUUCCAGACCUUGGGAUUUUUUUCUAUCUUGAUCUAGUUAUAUUAGAAUUUUCAUUGUUUAACCAGUGGGCAUAUUAUACAGGACACACUAAGUCAGUCUUCUGCUGAACAGUAUUAAGGCUGCCAACGAAAGAGAGGUAAUAUGCACAAAACUACUGUUCAGAGCACUAUAGUUCUAAGCCACAUACAUGAGAUUUUCUUCCGUGUUUCUUUUGUAAUAAAAAAUAUAAAACCUUUAAAAAGUA